AUGGGGUUGGCGUCUGCUCACACCCUGCGUCUGAAGGCGGCGGCUUUCUUCCUUCUGUUAACCUUCCAAUCAGGCUUUGGAUAUCCGGUUGAUAGAACACUUCACACAUACUUGGAAGGGAUCAUAAGAACAGAUGAUAAAUCAAGCAGUUAUAAUGUAGUGGACAAAAUCUCAAAACUUGUUGAAAUAGCAACAAGACAUAAAUCAGGUUGUACAUGUCCAGCACACAACAUAACGGCUGCUAUUUAUGAGUUAGAGCGAACUAAUACCGACUCAAAUGAAUCUAUUUAUAAUUUGAAUCAGUCAUCAACCUCAGGUUUAAUAUCAUCUACUUCUGGGUCUGGAUCGGUGAAUUCGAAUUCAGCUUCGAGUUCAACUGCAUCCUUCCCUCAUAGUGCGUCACAAUCUACGUCUGGGUCUUCUGCAUCGUCAAUUGCAGCAGCAGCAUCCCAUUCGAGUCUAGCGUCUACAGUUGACUCCUCAGCAUCGUCAUUAAGUUCAGCGGCUGCUCAAAGUGCGUCGCAAUCAACAUCUGGGUCUUCUGCGACGUCAAUUGCAUCAGCAGCAUCUCAUUCGAGUCUAGCGUCUACAGCGGACUCCUCAGCAUCGUCAUUAAGUUCAUCAGCUGCUCAUAGUGCGUCACAAUCAACAUCUGGAUCAUCAGCAUUGUCUAGUGCAGGUGCAUCAUCCCACACAAACCAAUUGUCUACUUCCGGUUCGGGUGUGUCAUCCUCAAGUUCAGCGGCUGCUCAUAGUGCGUCCCAAUCUACAUCUGGGUCUUCUGCGUCGUCAAUUGCAGCAGCAGCAUCCCAUUCGAGUCAAGCGUCUACAGCGGACUCCUCAGCAUCGUCAUUAAGUUCAUCAGCUGCUCAUAGUGCGUCACAAUCAACAUCUGGAUCAUCAGCAUUGUCUAGUGCAGGUGCAUCAUCCCACACAAACCAAUUGUCUACUUCCGGUUCGGGUGCGUCAUCAUCAAGUUCAGCGGCUGCUCAUAGUGCGUCGCAAUCUACAUCUGGGUCUUCUGCGUCGUCAAUUGCAGCAGCAGCAUCCCAUUCGAGUCAAGCGUCUACAGCAGACUCCUCAGCAUCGUCAUUAAGUUCAUCAGCUGCUCAUAGUGCGUCACAAUCGACAUCUGGAUCAUCAGCAUUUUCUAGUGCAGGUGCAUCAUCCCACACAAGCCAAUUGUCUUCUUCCGGUUCAGGUGCGUCAUACUCAAGUUCGGCGGCUGCUCAUGGUGCAUCGCAAUCUACAUCUGGGUCUUCUGCGUCGUCAAUUGCAGCAGCAGCAUCCCAUUCGAGUCAAGCGUCUACAGCGGACUCCUCAUCAUCAUUAUUAAGUUCAUCAGCUGCUGAUAGUGCGUCACAAUCAACAUCUGGAUCAUCAGCAUCGUCUAGUGCAGGUGCAUCAUCCCACACAAACCAAUUGUCUACUUUCGGUUCGGGUGCGUCAUCCUCAAGUUCAGCGGCUGCUCAUAGUGCGUCGCAAUCUACAUCUGGGUCUUCUGCGUCGUCAAUUGCAGCAGCAGCAUCCCAUUCAAGUCAGGCGUCUACAGCGGACUCCUCAGCAUCGUCAUUAAGUUCAUCAGCUGCUCAUAGUGCGUCACAAUCAACAUCUGGGUCUUCUGCGUCGUCAAUUGCAGCAGCAGCAUCCCAUUUGAGCCUAGCGUCUACAGCGGAUUCCUCAGCAUCGUCAUUAAGUUCAUCAGCUGCUCAUAGUGCGUCACAAUCUACAUCUGGGUCUUAUGCAUCGUCAAUUGCAGCUGCAGCAUCCCAUUCAAGUCAAGCGUCUACAGCGGACUCCUUAGCAUCGUCAUUAAGUUCAUCAGCUGCUCAUAGUGCGUCACAAUCUAUGUCUGGGUCUUCUGCAUCGUCAAUUGCAGCUGCAGCAUCCCAUUCAAGUCAGGCGUCUACAGCGGACUCCUCAGCAUCGUCAUUAAGUUCAUCAGCUGCUCAUAGUGCGUCACAAUCAACAUCUGGAUCAUCAGCAUUGUCUAGUGCAGGUGCAUCAUCCCUCACAAACCAAUUGUCUACUUCCGGUUCGGAUGCGUCAUUCUCAAGUUCAGCGGCUUCUCAUAGUGCGUCGCAAUCAACAUCUGGGUCUUCUGCGUCGUCAAUUGCAGCAGCAGCAUCCCAUUCGAGUCAAGCGUCUACAGCGGACUCCUCAUCAUCAUUAUUAAGUUCAUCAGCUGCUCAUAGUGCGUCACAAUCAACAUCUGGAUCAUCAGCAUCGUCUAGUGCAGGUGCAUCAUCCCACACAAACCAAUUGUCUACUUUCGGUUCGGGUGCGUCAUCCUCAAGUUCAGUGGCUGCUCAUGGUGCGUCGCAAUCUACAUCUGGGUCUUCUGCGUCGUCAAUUGCAGCAGCAGCAUCCCAUUCAAGUCAGGCGUCUACAGCGGACUCCUCAGCAUCGUCAUUAAGUUCAUCAGCUGCUCAUAGUGCGUCACAAUCAACAUCUGGAUCAUCGGCAUUGUCUAGUGCAGGUGCAUCAUCCCACACAAGCCAAUUGUCUACUUCCGGUUCGGGUGUGUCAUCCUCAAGUUCAGCGGCUGCUCAUGGCGCGUCGCAAUCUACAUCUGGGUCUUCUGCGUCGUCAAUUGCAGCAGCAGCAUCCCAUUCGAGUCUAGCGUCUACAGCGGACUCCUCAGCAUCGUCAUUAAGUUCAUCAGCUGCUCAUAGUGCGUCACAAUCUACAUCUGGGUCUUAUGCAUCGUCAAUUGCAGCUGCAGCAUCCCAUUCAAGUCAGGCGUCUACAGCGGACUCCUCAGCAUCGUCAUUAAGUUCAUCAGCUGCUCAUAGUGCGUCACAAUCAACAUCUGGAUCAUCAGAAUUGUCUAGUGCAGGUGCAUCAUCCCACACAAACCAAUUGUCUACUUCCGGUUCGGUUGCGUCAUCCUCAAGUUCAGCGGCUGCUCAAAGUGCGUCGCAAUCAACAUCUGGGUCUUCUGCGACGUCAAUUGCAUCAGCAGCAUCUCAUUCGAGUCUAGCGUCUACAGCGGACUCCUCAGCAUCAUCAUUAAGUUCAUCAGCUGCUCAUAGUGCGUCACAAUCAACAUCUGGAUCAUCAGCAUCGUCUAGUGCAGGUGCAUCAUCCCACACAAACCAAUUGUCUACUUUCGGUUCGGGUGCGUCAUCCUCAAGUUCAGCGUUUGCUCAUGGUGCGUCGCAAUCUACAUCUGGGUCUUCUGCGUCGUCAAUUGCAGCAGCAGCAUCCCAUUCAAGUCAGGCGUCUACAACGGACUCCUCAGCAUCGUCAUUAAGUUCAUCAGCUGCUCAUAUUGCGUCACAAACAACAUCUGGAUCAUCGGCAUUGUCUAGUGCAGGUACAUCAUCCCACACAAGCCAAUUGUCUACUUCCGGUUCGGGUGUGUCAUCCUCAAGUUCAGCGGCUGCUCAUGGCGCGUCGCAAUCUACAUCUGGGUCUUCUGCGUCGUCAAUUGCAGCAGCAGCAUCCCAUUCGAGUCUAGCGUCUACAGCGGAUUCCUCAGCAUCGUCAUUAAGUUCAUCAGCUGCUCAUAGUGCGUCACAAUCUACAUCUGGGUCUUAUGCAUCGUCAAUUGCAGCUGCAGCAUCCCAUUCAAGUCAAGCGUCUACAGUGGACUCCUUAGCAUCGUCAUUAAGUUCAUCAGCUGCUCAUAGUGCGUCACAAUCUAUGUCUGGGUCUUCUGCAUCGUCAAUUGCAGCUGCAGCAUCCCAUUCAAGUCAGGCGUCUACAGCGGACUCCUCAGCAUCGUCAUUAAGUUCAUCAGUUGCUCAUAGUGCGUCACAAUCAACAUCUGGAUCAUCAGCAUUGUCUAGUGCAGGUGCAUCAUCCCUCACAAACCAAUUGUCUACUUCCGGUUCGGGUGGGUCAUCCUCAAGUUCAGCGGCUUCUCAUAGUGCGUCGCAAUCAACAUCUGGGUCUUCUGCGUCGUCAAUUGAAGCAGCAGCAUCCCAUUCGAGUCAAGCGUCUACAGCGGACUCCUCAUCAUCAUUAUUAAGUUUAUCAGCUGCUCAUAGUGCGUCACAAUCAACAUCUGGAUCAUCAGCAUCGUCUAGUGCAGGUGCAUCAUCCCACACAAACCAAUUGUCUACUUUCGGUUCGGGUGCGUCAUCCUCAAGUUCAGCGGCUGCUCAUGGUGCGUCGCAAUCUACAUCUGGGUCUUCUGCGUCGUCAAUUGCAGAAGCAGCAUCCCAUUCAAGUCAGGCGUCUACAGCGGACUCCUCAGCAUCGUCAUUAAGUUCAUCAGCUGCUCAUAGUGCGUCACAAUCUACAUCUGGGUCUUAUGCAUCGUCAAUUGCAGCUGCAGCAUCCCAUUCAAGUCAAGCGUCUACAGUGGACUCCUUAGCAUCGUCAUUAAGUUCAUCAGCUGCUCAUAGUGCGUCACAAUCUAUGUCUGGGUCUUCUGCAUCGUCAAUUGCAGCUGCAGCAUCCCAUUCAAGUCAGGCGUCUACAGCGGACUCCUCAGCAUCGUCAUUAAGUUCAUCAGCUGCUCAUAGUGCGUCACAAUCAACAUCUGGAUCAUCGGCAUUGUCUACUGCAGGUGCAUCAUCCCACACAAGCCAAUUGUCUACUUCCGGUUCGGGUGUGUCAUCCUCAAGUUCAGCGACUGCUCAUGGCGCGUCGCAAUCUACAUCUUGGUCUUCUGCGUCGUCAAUUGCAGCAGCAGCAUCCCAUUCGAGUCUAGCGUCUACAGCGGAUUCCUCAGCAUCGUCAUUAAGUUCAUCAGCUGCUCAUAGUGCGUCACAAUCUACAUCUGGGUCUUAUGCAUCGUCAAUUGCAGCUGCAGCAUCCCAUUCAAGUCAAGCGUCUACAGCGGACUCCUUAGCAUCGUCAUUAAGUUCAUCAGCUGCUCAUAGUGCGUCACAAUAUGUGUCUGGGUCUUCUGCAUCGUCAAUUGCAGCUGCAGCAUCCCAUUCAAGUCAGGCGUCUACAGCGGACUCCUCAGCAUCGUCAUUAAGUUCAUCAGCUGCUCAUAGUGCGUCACAAUCAACAUCUGGAUCAUCAGCAUUGUCUAGUGCAGGUACAUCAUCCCUCACAAACCAAUUGUCUACUUCCGGUUCGGGUGCGUCAUCCUCAAGUUCAGCGGCUUCUCAUAGUGCGUCGCAAUCAACAUCUGGGUCUUCUGCGUCGUCAAUUGCAGCAGCAGCAUCCCAUUCGAGUCAAGCGUCUACAGCGGACUCCUCAUCAUCAUUAUUAAGUUCAUCAGCUGCUCAUAGUGCGUCACAAUCAACAUCUGGAUCAUCAGCAUCGUCUAUUGCAGGUGCAUCAUCCCACACAAACCAAUUGUCUUCUUCCGGUUCGGGUGCGUCAUCCUCAAGUUCAGCGGCUGCUCAUAGUGCGUCGCAAUCUACAUCUGGGUCUUCUGCGUCGUCAAUUGCAGCAGCAGCAUCCCAUUCGAGUCAAGCGUCUACAGCGGACUCCUCAGCAUCGUCAUUAAGUUCAUCAGUUGCUCAUAGUGCGUCACAAUCAACAUCUGGAUCAUCAGCAUUGUCUAGUGCAGGUGCAUCAUCCCACACAAACCAAUUGUCUACUUCCGGUUCGGGUGCGUCAUCAUCAAGUUCAGCGGCUGCUCUUAGUGCGUCACAAUCAACAUCUGGGUCUUCUGCGUCGUCAAUUGCAGCAGCAGCAUCCCAUUUGAGCCUAGCGUCUACAGCGGAUUCCUCAGCAUCGUCAUUAAGUUCAUCAGCUGCUCAUAGUGCGUCACAAUCUACAUCUGGGUCUUAUGCAUCGUCAAUUGCAGCUGCAGCAUCCCAUUCAAGUCAAGCGUCUACAGCGGACUCCUUAGCAUCGUCAUUAAGUUCAUCAGCUGCUCAUAGUGCGUCACAAUCUAUGUCUGGGUCUUCUGCAUCGUCAAUUGCAGCUGCAGCAUCCCAUUCAAGUCAGGCGUCUACAGCGGACUCCUCAGCAUCGUCAUUAAGUUCAUCAGCUGCUCAUAGUGCGUCACAAUCAACAUCUGGAUCAUCAGCAUUGUCUAGUGCAGGUGCAUCAUCCCUCACAAACCAAUUGUCUACUUCCGGUUCGGAUGCGUCAUUCUCAAGUUCAGCGGCUUCUCAUAGUGCGUCGCAAUCAACAUCUGGGUCUUCUGCGUCGUCAAUUGCAGCAGCAGCAUCCCAUUCGAGUCAAGCGUCUACAGCGGACUCCUCAUCAUCAUUAUUAAGUUCAUCAGCUGCUCAUAGUGCGUCACAAUCAACAUCUGGAUCAUCAGCAUCGUCUAGUGCAGGUGCAUCAUCCCACACAAACCAAUUGUCUACUUUCGGUUCGGGUGCGUCAUCCUCAAGUUCAGUGGCUGCUCAUGGUGCGUCGCAAUCUACAUCUGGGUCUUCUGCGUCGUCAAUUGCAGCAGCAGCAUCCCAUUCAAGUCAGGCGUCUACAGCGGACUCCUCAGCAUCGUCAUUAAGUUCAUCAGCUGCUCAUAGUGCGUCACAAUCAACAUCUGGAUCAUCGGCAUUGUCUAGUGCAGGUGCAUCAUCCCACACAAGCCAAUUGUCUACUUCCGGUUCGGGUGUGUCAUCCUCAAGUUCAGCGGCUGCUCAUGGCGCGUCGCAAUCUACAUCUGGGUCUUCUGCGUCGUCAAUUGCAGCAGCAGCAUCCCAUUCGAGUCUAGCGUCUACAGCGGACUCCUCAGCAUCGUCAUUAAGUUCAUCAGCUGCUCAUAGUGCGUCACAAUCUACAUCUGGGUCUUAUGCAUCGUCAAUUGCAGCUGCAGCAUCCCAUUCAAGUCAGGCGUCUACAGCGGACUCCUCAGCAUCGUCAUUAAGUUCAUCAGCUGCUCAUAGUGCGUCACAAUCAACAUCUGGAUCAUCAGAAUUGUCUAGUGCAGGUGCAUCAUCCCACACAAACCAAUUGUCUACUUCCGGUUCGGUUGCGUCAUCCUCAAGUUCAGCGGCUGCUCAAAGUGCGUCGCAAUCAACAUCUGGGUCUUCUGCGACGUCAAUUGCAUCAGCAGCAUCUCAUUCGAGUCUAGCGUCUACAGCGGACUCCUCAGCAUCAUCAUUAAGUUCAUCAGCUGCUCAUAGUGCGUCACAAUCAACAUCUGGAUCAUCAGCAUCGUCUAGUGCAGGUGCAUCAUCCCACACAAACCAAUUGUCUACUUUCGGUUCGGGUGCGUCAUCCUCAAGUUCAGCGUUUGCUCAUGGUGCGUCGCAAUCUACAUCUGGGUCUUCUGCGUCGUCAAUUGCAGCAGCAGCAUCCCAUUCAAGUCAGGCGUCUACAACGGACUCCUCAGCAUCGUCAUUAAGUUCAUCAGCUGCUCAUAUUGCGUCACAAACAACAUCUGGAUCAUCGGCAUUGUCUAGUGCAGGUACAUCAUCCCACACAAGCCAAUUGUCUACUUCCGGUUCGGGUGUGUCAUCCUCAAGUUCAGCGGCUGCUCAUGGCGCGUCGCAAUCUACAUCUGGGUCUUCUGCGUCGUCAAUUGCAGCAGCAGCAUCCCAUUCGAGUCUAGCGUCUACAGCGGAUUCCUCAGCAUCGUCAUUAAGUUCAUCAGCUGCUCAUAGUGCGUCACAAUCUACAUCUGGGUCUUAUGCAUCGUCAAUUGCAGCUGCAGCAUCCCAUUCAAGUCAAGCGUCUACAGUGGACUCCUUAGCAUCGUCAUUAAGUUCAUCAGCUGCUCAUAGUGCGUCACAAUCUAUGUCUGGGUCUUCUGCAUCGUCAAUUGCAGCUGCAGCAUCCCAUUCAAGUCAGGCGUCUACAGCGGACUCCUCAGCAUCGUCAUUAAGUUCAUCAGUUGCUCAUAGUGCGUCACAAUCAACAUCUGGAUCAUCAGCAUUGUCUAGUGCAGGUGCAUCAUCCCUCACAAACCAAUUGUCUACUUCCGGUUCGGGUGGGUCAUCCUCAAGUUCAGCGGCUUCUCAUAGUGCGUCGCAAUCAACAUCUGGGUCUUCUGCGUCGUCAAUUGAAGCAGCAGCAUCCCAUUCGAGUCAAGCGUCUACAGCGGACUCCUCAUCAUCAUUAUUAAGUUUAUCAGCUGCUCAUAGUGCGUCACAAUCAACAUCUGGAUCAUCAGCAUCGUCUAGUGCAGGUGCAUCAUCCCACACAAACCAAUUGUCUACUUUCGGUUCGGGUGCGUCAUCCUCAAGUUCAGCGGCUGCUCAUGGUGCGUCGCAAUCUACAUCUGGGUCUUCUGCGUCGUCAAUUGCAGAAGCAGCAUCCCAUUCAAGUCAGGCGUCUACAGCGGACUCCUCAGCAUCGUCAUUAAGUUCAUCAGCUGCUCAUAGUGCGUCACAAUCUACAUCUGGGUCUUAUGCAUCGUCAAUUGCAGCUGCAGCAUCCCAUUCAAGUCAAGCGUCUACAGUGGACUCCUUAGCAUCGUCAUUAAGUUCAUCAGCUGCUCAUAGUGCGUCACAAUCUAUGUCUGGGUCUUCUGCAUCGUCAAUUGCAGCUGCAGCAUCCCAUUCAAGUCAGGCGUCUACAGCGGACUCCUCAGCAUCGUCAUUAAGUUCAUCAGCUGCUCAUAGUGCGUCACAAUCAACAUCUGGAUCAUCGGCAUUGUCUACUGCAGGUGCAUCAUCCCACACAAGCCAAUUGUCUACUUCCGGUUCGGGUGUGUCAUCCUCAAGUUCAGCGACUGCUCAUGGCGCGUCGCAAUCUACAUCUUGGUCUUCUGCGUCGUCAAUUGCAGCAGCAGCAUCCCAUUCGAGUCUAGCGUCUACAGCGGAUUCCUCAGCAUCGUCAUUAAGUUCAUCAGCUGCUCAUAGUGCGUCACAAUCUACAUCUGGGUCUUAUGCAUCGUCAAUUGCAGCUGCAGCAUCCCAUUCAAGUCAAGCGUCUACAGCGGACUCCUUAGCAUCGUCAUUAAGUUCAUCAGCUGCUCAUAGUGCGUCACAAUAUGUGUCUGGGUCUUCUGCAUCGUCAAUUGCAGCUGCAGCAUCCCAUUCAAGUCAGGCGUCUACAGCGGACUCCUCAGCAUCGUCAUUAAGUUCAUCAGCUGCUCAUAGUGCGUCACAAUCAACAUCUGGAUCAUCAGCAUUGUCUAGUGCAGGUACAUCAUCCCUCACAAACCAAUUGUCUACUUCCGGUUCGGGUGCGUCAUCCUCAAGUUCAGCGGCUUCUCAUAGUGCGUCGCAAUCAACAUCUGGGUCUUCUGCGUCGUCAAUUGCAGCAGCAGCAUCCCAUUCGAGUCAAGCGUCUACAGCGGACUCCUCAUCAUCAUUAUUAAGUUCAUCAGCUGCUCAUAGUGCGUCACAAUCAACAUCUGGAUCAUCAGCAUCGUCUAUUGCAGGUGCAUCAUCCCACACAAACCAAUUGUCUUCUUCCGGUUCGGGUGCGUCAUCCUCAAGUUCAGCGGCUGCUCAUAGUGCGUCGCAAUCUACAUCUGGGUCUUCUGCGUCGUCAAUUGCAGCAGCAGCAUCCCAUUCGAGUCAAGCGUCUACAGCGGACUCCUCAGCAUCGUCAUUAAGUUCAUCAGUUGCUCAUAGUGCGUCACAAUCAACAUCUGGAUCAUCAGCAUUGUCUAGUGCAGGUGCAUCAUCCCACACAAACCAAUUGUCUACUUCCGGUUCGGGUGCGUCAUCAUCAAGUUCAGCGGCUGCUCAUAGUGCGUCGCAAUCUACAUCUGGGUCUUCUGCGUCGUCAAUUGCAGCAGCAGCAUCCCAUUCGAGUCAAGCGUCUACAGCAGACUCCUCAGCAUCGUCAUUAAGUUCAUCAGCUGCUCAUAGUGCGUCACAAUCAACAUCUGGAUCAUCAGCAUCGUCUAGUGCAGGUGCAUCAUCCCACACAAACCAAUUGUCUACUUUCGGUUCGGGUGCGUCAUCCUCAAGUUCAGCGGCUGCUCAUGGUGCGUCGCAAUCUACAUCUGGGUCUUCUGCGUCGUCAAUUGCAGCAGCAGCAUCCCAUUCAAGUCAGGCGUCUACAGCGGACUCCUCAGCAUCGUCAUUAAGUUCAUCAGCUGCUCAUAGUGCGUCACAAUCAACAUCUGGAUCAUCGGCAUUGUCUAGUGCAGGUGCAUCAUCCCACACAAGCCAAUUGUCUACUUCCGGUUCGGGUGUGUCAUUAUCAAGUUCAGCGGCUGCUCAUAGUGCGUCACAAUCUACAUCUGGGUCUUCUGCGUCGUCAAUUGCAGCAGCAGCAUCCCAUUCGAGUCUAGCGUCUACAGCGGAUUCCUCAGCAUCGUCAUUAAGUUCAUCAGCUGCUCAUAGUGCGUCACAAUCUACAUCUGGGUCUUAUGCAUCGUCAAUUGCAGCUGCAGCAUCCCACACAAACCAAUUGUCUACUUCCGGUUCGGGUGCGUCAUCCUCAAGUUCAGCGGCUGCUCAUAGUGCGUCGCAAUCUACAUCUGGGUCUUCUGCGUCGUCAAUUGCAGCAGCAGCAUCCCAUUCGAGUCAAGUGUCUACAGCGGAUUCCUCAGCAUCGUCAUUAAGUUCAUCGGCUGCUCAUAGUGCGUCACAAUCUACAUCUGGGUCUGAUGCAUCGUCAAUUGCAGCUGCAGCAUCCCAUUCAAGUCUAGCGUCUACAGCGGACUCCUCAGCAUCGUCAUUAAGUUCAUCGGCUGCUCAUAGUGCGUCACAAUCUAUGUCUGGGUCUUCUGCAUCGUCAAUUGCAGCAGCAGCAUCCCAUUUAAGUCAAGCGUCUACAGCGGACUCCUCAGCAUCGUCAUUAAGUUCAGCGGCUGCUCAUAGUGCGUCGCAAUCUACAUCUGGGUCUUCUGCAUCGUCAAUUGCAGCAGCAGCAUCCCAUUUAAGUCAAGCGUCUACAGCGGACUCCUCAGCAUCGUCAUUAAGUUCAUCGGCUGCUCACUUAGCGUCACAAUCAACAACUGGAUCAUCAGCAUUGUCUAGUGCAGGUUCAUUGUGA